AUGAAGCAUAUGUACAAACGGGCUGAACGGCGCUGGAAGUACGCCGACCGCAACAGCGACUCUGUGCUCGUGAAAGACGAGUACAAAGACUUUGUCCAUCCGGAAGAGUCGGACCGAACCAAAGAGAUAUUAGUGGACGAAGCCAUGGAAGACAUGGACGCCGACGCCAACGGAGAGAUAUCGCUCGACGAGUAUAUGACUCACAUCAACGAUAUGUCGUCCGAAGAAGAGAGAAGUGAUCCAAACUUUGCUCAGGUCCAACAAAACCACUUCACGUCAUAUUUAGAUAAAAACAAAGACAGCGUUUUAAGCAAAGAUGAGUUGAAGGAGUGGUUAGUGCCGACGUAUGACCGACACGAGGCCGAGUCCUGGCGUCUCAUCCAAUCGGGUGACCAAAAUCAAGACGAAAAGCUGUCCAAAGAGGAACUCCUCGAAUACCAGGACCAGUACUUAAGCCUAAUUGAGCCCGAAUUCUGGCAUAAAUACAACGCCGACCACACGACCACUCCUUCGCCAUCCAAUCACGAAGAGUUAUGA